AUGGCAAAACCAGCGAAGGAGAUAGGUGCAGCGAUGGUUGCUGCCACGGCUGUGCCUCUGGCCCUGAACUGGACAGACGUCAUCAAGACCAGAAUGCAAGGUGUCCCUUGUCCGGGUUGCACAGCGCUGGCUUACAGCGGGGGUUUUCUGAGCGUUGCGCAGCGGAUUCUGGCAGAGGAAGGACUUCUGGCGCUGUGGGCGACUGGCAUGCUCGCGUCGUUGGGACGCGAGUGCACAGUAGUUGGGACACGCAUCGGCGCUUAUCCAGCUGUCCGAGAUGGCCUGUCCAAGCUUGCCAAGGGGAAAGGCGGUGGUGAGGCAGGACUCGGCAGCAAGUUCAGCGCCGGCGUGGUGCUGGGAGCUCUAUCCGGUCUGCUCGCUAGCCCCUUUGAUCUGGUGCGGAUAAGGGUCCAAGCUGAAGCUGGCAGAUGUGGCAGCAACGGCAUCCUUACAACUGGACUUCGCGCGGGGCAUCCUCAAAGAAUUCGGGGUACAGUAUCAGGCUUCAAGGCCGUGCUGGAAGAUGGCACCCUCAGCAUCUUCCGAGGCUCAAGCAUCAACAUUGUUAGGAGCGUGUGCAUGACCGUCGGUACCGUGCCGGUUUACGAGCACACCAAGCACUUGGCCAAAACAAAGCUGGACUUCACCGAUUCGCCUGGUUUGCAUUUGGGCGCGGGCAUUGUCGCAGGACUUGCAGGAACUACGGUCACAGCUCCUGCAGAUGUUGUGCGAACACGGGUGAUGCAAGAAGGCGGUACUGCGGGCGCAAGAACGUUGUCGGCGGUCACUGCAAUCCUUCGUGACCAGGGCGUAGGCGGCUUCUUCCGAGGAUGGUUCCCAGCCUACAUGAGGGUGGGACCGUUGUUCCUCCUAAUGCCAGCCUUGGUCGAGCAAGUCCGCAAGAUCUUUGGCCUGGACUUCAUCGUCUGA